AUGAGGACGGCCACCCUCUUUGGCCGUUUCUUUUGGUGCCGAGGUGGUGGAAGUCCGCAACUGCUAACCCGCUUUGCAACGCCAUUUCGAUUCCGCUCAAAACAUACGCCAUGGCCUCCAGGUCCGUGGAGGUCAUUUCACAAGAAGGCGCCCGUUGGAAGAACGGUAUUGUUUGCGGCGCUGACGCCCGGCGCCUUCUUAGAGUUGGCGGAGAAUGGAGAUGGUCAUGACAAGACUGGCGAGAUGCAGAUGCUAGAAAUUUCGCGUCAAGAGAUUCGAAAAAGUGUCUCCGAGGAUGCGCGAGGCUUGACGAAGCUUUGUGAAGAGCUCUUUGUGUUUUGGUACUGCUACAUAUACGACCCAAUCGCUACCGGCUUUCGGUUCGUCCAUUUGGCGAUUGUUUUCAUUCCUGUCAUCAUUACAGUGCCUGCUAUAUGGUUUGGACGGCGGCUCGACGAUGGAAAGGGGGAGCGGGCAGGAGCCGUUUGGUGGUACGGCUUUUUAGUCAGAUCAAUGGAGCGUGCUGGCCCAGCGUUCAUCAAGCUCGGACAAUGGGCCGCGUCACGCACCGAUAUCUUUCCGCCGGAAAUGUGCAACAUUAUGUCUUCGCUACACUCUCAUGCUCCUGCGCAUUCGUUGCAUCAGACUAAAAAGACGAUAAGCAAGGCUUUCAAUGGUCUACCAUUCGAGGAGAUUUUUGAGGAGUUCUACGAGGAACCGCUAGGAGUUGGGGCUAUUGCUCAAGUAUACAAGGCAAAGCUCAAGCCGAGCCUGGCUGUGAUGGACGAUCAGGCUCUGACACUUGAGGACGGAAGCUUCCGUGGAAAGGUAAGAAAGAAUGUCGACGUGCUGGUAAAGAGUUCGCCGCGACGGGUUCCGUCCUCGUACGUGGCCAUUAAAGUACUCCAUCCAAAGGUUGAGCGCGUGAUCCGAAGGGAUUUGCGAAUCAUGUCUUUCUUCGCAUCGUUGAUUAAUGCCAUCCCCACAAUGCACUGGUUGUCUUUGCCGGAUGAGGUACAACAGUUUGGUGAGAUGAUGAAACUACAACUGGACCUCAGAAUCGAGGCAUCCAACCUUGUGAUCUUUCGCCAGAAGUUCAAAUCACGAACCACCGCUUGGUUUCCCUACCCAUACUUGGAGUAUACCACGCGUGAAGUGCUUGUCGAAGAAUUCGCCCAAGGGAUCCCCUUGGAGACUUUCUUGGAUGUUGGAGGGGGUGUCUACCAGCAAGAGAUCGCAAACGAGGGUCUGGACGCGUUCCUUCAUAUGCUUCUGAUCGACAACUUUGUUCACGCUGAUUUGCACCCGGGGAAUAUAAUGGUCAGAUUCUACCAACCGGCUGAGUUGGACUUAUCACUCGGCAAGCGCAGUCGGGUUGCAGAUGCACCAACCGCCGCUGAAGCUGAUGUAACCGAGACUGUACUGGCCCGGUUGAGGCCGCACGCCCAUAAUCGGGAGGCCUGGCACGCUGCUCUUUCCCAGCUGAAUGCUGAGGGCUAUCGCCCCCAGCUCAUUUUUAUCGACACUGGCCUAGUGACUCAGCUCAACGAGACCAACCGGAGAAACUUCCUCGACCUGUUUCGAGCGGUGGCCGAGUUUGACGGGUUCAGAGCGGGCCAAUUGAUGGUUGAGCGGUGCCGUCAGCCGGAAGAAGUCAUCGACCCGGAUGUCUUCGCGCUGAAGAUGGAGCACCUGGUCUACAACAUUAAAUCACGGACAUUCGCAUUGGGCAACAUCAAAAUUGGGGAUGUGCUGAGCGAGGUCUUAUCCAUGGUUCGAAGCCAUCACGUUCGGCUCGAGGGCGAUUUUGUCAAUGUGGUCAUCUCUAUCCUUCUCCUCGAAGGCAUUGGUCGAAGUCUGGAUCCAGGCCUGGAUCUUUUCAAGAGUGCUCUUCCGAUCUUGCGGCAGCUUGGUUCCGGUGCGACUCUUCUUAGCUCCGUCCGCUCGGGCGACACCUCCAUGCUUCGUGUCUGGGUCGGUCUCGAAGCGCGUGGCCUCCUCCAGGCUAGCAUUGAGAGUGUGGAGCAGUGUGUGAAAUAUGACCUGUUGUCUCCAAACAUUUAA